AUGCCGCUCAUUCUCUCACCGCACCCCCCCUCUGCUGCUACCGCUGCUCCUGCUGCUGCUGCUGCUGCUGCUGCUGCUGCUGCUGCUGCUGCUGCUGCUGCUGCUGCUGCUGCUGCUGCUGCUGCUGCUGCUGCUGCUGCUGCUGCUCCUGCUGCUGCUGCUGCUGCUGCUGCUGCUGCUGCUCCUGCUGCUGCUGCUCCUGCUGCUGCUGCUGCUGCUGCUGCUGCUGCUCCUGCUGCUGCUGCUGCUGCUCCUGCUGCUGCUGCUCCUGCUGCUGCUCCUGCUGCUGCUGCUGCUGCUGCUGCUGCUGCUGCUGCUGCUGCUGCUGCUGCUGCUGCUGCUGCUGCUGCUGCUGCUGUUGCUGCUGCUGCCAACCCCACUCCCCCCACCACCACCUACCCAUCCCACCAGGUGCGGGGCGGCGAGGUGGUGACGGGGGUGUUUGACAAGGCGCAGUUCGCCCGCUACGGCCUCGUGCACUGCUUCCAGGAGCUCUACGGCUGCCCUGCUGCCGGGAAGCUGCUCUCCUCCCUCAGCCGCCUUCUCACCACCUUCCUGCAGAUCCGCGGGUUCACCUGCGGGGUGGGCGAUCUGCUGCUGACAGCCCCGGCAGAGGCGGAGCGGGAGGCAAUCAUAUCACGCGCGGACAGCAUUGGGGAUCCUGUGCACGCUCAGUUUGUGGGGCUCACCGGGAUGAAUGCCGAGACUGCGAACAAGGAGUGGGUGAGGGAGCACGUGGCACUGCAGCUGCGCACGCGGAAAGACGCCGCCACAGCCGCCCUCGACAACCGGAUGACCUCCGCCCUCAGCAAGGUCACCACCGCCGCAACAUCCGCCGCGCUGCCCGACGGGCAGCUGAAACCUUUCCCAGCCAAUUGCAUGUCGCUGAUGACGGUCACGGGCGCCAAGGGCAGCGGCGUGAAUUUCAACCAGAUUGCGGUGCUGCUGGGGCAGCAGGAGCUGGAGGGGAAGCGCGUGCCAAGGAUGGCGUCGGGGAAGACUCUGCCUUGCUUUGAGGCGUGGAGCAGCGAGGCCAGAGCGGGGGGGUUCAUUGCCGAUAGGUUUUUGACGGGGCUGCGCCCGCAGGAGUACUACUUUCACUGCAUGGCUGGCAGAGACGGGCUCGUGGACACGACUGUCAAGACCUCCCGGAGUGGAUACCUGCAGCGGUGCCUGGUGAAGAACCUGGAGGGGCUGAGGGUGCACUACGACUACAGUGUGAGGGACAGCGAUGCGUCCAUCGUGCAGUUCCGAUACGGGGAGGAUGCCAUCGACACCAGCCGGACGUCCUUCCUCACCAACUUUGAGUUUAUUAAGGAGAACGAGCAGCAGGUGGCAUCGGCCCUUCGCUUGGACGAAGCCAAGGCUCUCGGCCUCGAAACCAUUCCUCCCCGCACCACUUCGGACCCAGCAGCAGCAGCAACAGAGGCAGCAGAGGUGAUGGAUUUGGAGUGUCCAGGAUCGAAGCUCGGGGUUGUUUCCCCCGCCUUUGAAGCUGCUUCCGAGAAGUUUCUGCAGUCGGCGGUUCUGGGGAAGGGUGCGAAGGGAGCCGGGAAGAAGGGGAAGAAGAAGGAUGCAGAGCGGUUGAGAGAGGUGCUGGAGAUGAAGUAUCUGGCGUCUACUGUGCAGCCAGGGGAGCCGGUGGGGGUGCUGGCGGCUCAGUCGGUUGGAGAGCCCUCCACACAAAUGACGCUGAACACGUUUCACUUUGCAGGGCGAGGAGAGGCAAAUGUGACUCUGGGCAUUCCCCGCCUGCGAGAAAUCCUCAUGACGGCUGCGCGCAACAUCUCCACGCCUGUCAUGGACUGCCCUCUGCUGCCCGGCCGCACCCUCAUCGUCAGCCCGUUUCCUUCCACCCCCCUCCACCCCCUUCCACCUCCUUCCACCCCCUUACACCCCCUUCCAACCCCUUCCACCGCCUUGCACCCCGUUCUACCUCCUUCCACCGCCCUCCACCUCCUUCCCUCCAGUGAGGACGCCCAGCGCAUAGCCAACAAGCUCCGUCGGAUCACAAUGGCCGAGCUCAUCUCAGCCAUCCAUGUGUCGGAGCGCACAGAUCUGGUGCAGAUCAACGGUGGAGAUCGCAACUCGAGGCGCUACUUCAUCCGCCUGGCCUUCCACCCCACCAGCCGCUACCCUGCCGAACUUGAGCUUAAGUUCGAAGAAAUCAAGGCCGCGUUCAGUUACGAGUUUGCUCCCAGGGUCGGGAAAGAUCUUGAGAGAGCUUUGGAUCGGGCCGGGGGUGGGGGAGUGGUGGUUAUGGCUGAGGGGCGUGGGGAGAAAGAAGGGGGUGAAGGAGAAGGGGAGGAAGGGGAGGGGGAAGGGGAGGUGGAGGGGAAGAGGAAAGGAGGGAAGAAGGGCGGGAUGGUUGAUGGGGAAGCGGAGGAAGAGGAGGAAGAGGAGGAGGGAGGGGAGGAGGAUGGGAAGGAUGCUGAGAAGGAGCGCGGGCAGGGGGAUGAUGAACAGGAAUAUGAGGAGGAAGAAGAGGAGGAAGACGAGGAAGAGGAGGAGGAGGAGGAAGAGGAGGAAGAGGAAGUGGCGGAGGGAGAGGAGGGGGUGGAGCAGGCAGAGGGGGAGGGUAAGGGCUCUGCUAAGAGAGGGCCCGGUAGUGCUGGUAAAGUAAAGGUGGAGGAGGAGGAAGAGGAGGAAGAAGAGGAGGAAGAGGUAGAAGAAGAGGAGGAGGAGGAGGAAGAAGAGGAGAUGGAGCUGUCAGUGCCGGUGAUGUCACCCGCUGUGCUCAUCCAAGAGAUCGUAGAUAAGGUGGCAGCAGCAGUGGUGGUGCGGGCCAGAUUGGGAGUGCAGCGCUGUGCUAUUGUUGACAAGGUGGCAGCAGCAGUGGUGGUGCGAGCAACCCCGGGAGUGCAGCGAUGCGCUGCUCUCGAGCCAGCAUCCCCAGGCCAGCCCCCCCGCAUCCAAGUCGAGGGGCUCAACUUCCCAGGCCUCUGGAACCUCGCAGUAUCAACCAUGGGGAAGCACGAUGACGAAGGGGUACUCGAUCUGAAUCGCAUGACGACGAAUCACAUCGCGGCGGUUCUGACGACGCUUGGAGUGGAGGCGGCGCGUGCGACGAUCGUGAAGGAGGUUCGGGGCGUGUUCGGGAUGUACGGGAUCGCGGUGGAUCCGAGGCAUUUGGGUCUGAUUGCGGAUUUUAUGACGUAUGAUGGCGGUUACCGCGCGUGUAAUCGUAAUGGGAUUGACGCGAACCCGUCGCCGAUUUUGAAGAUGAGCUUUGAGACGGCGACCAAGUUUUUGAUUAAUGCGGCGUCGAAAGGGCAGACUGACAGAAUGGAGUCUCCGUCUUCGCGGAUCGCGUUGGGGAGGGUGGUGGAUGUUGGGAGUGGGUGCUUUGACCUGAUGCACAACCUGUGA